UUGGUCCCUUCUUUAUUAUCCUCACCAAGCUCCUCCGCUGUCAGAAGCGCACAGGGAGGACGACGGCAUCAUGGAGCGGAUGGAGUCCAUGGAACCGAUCUCGGCGAACUACACCACGGCUUACCCGGAGAUCCAGCCCGACAGCGGCUACGGCUCCGGGGAGACCGAGAGCCAGGCGAAGACUCCACCGGCCCCGACGUAUGACGAGGAGUUGGUGCACAAGACAAUCCUGGUCGGGGACAGUGGAGUGGGAAAGACGUCUCUGUUGGUGCAGUUCGAUCAGGGCAAGUUCAUUCCUGGCUCCUUCUCAGCCACAGUGGGCAUUGGAUUCACGAACAAAGUUGUGACUGUGGACGAUGUAAAGGUCAGACUACAGAUUUGGGACACAGCAGGACAGGAGAGGUUCAGAAGUGUGACACAUGCAUAUUACAGAGAUGCACACGCUUUGCUCCUCCUGUAUGACAUCACCAGCAGAUCGUCUUUUGACAACAUCAGGGCAUGGCUUACAGAGAUCCAUGAGUAUGCACAGACCGACGUAGUCAUCAUGUUGCUGGGCAACAAGGCCGACAUGAACAGUGAGAGAGCGAUCAGGAGCGAUGAAGGAGAGAGGCUGGCCAGGGAGUAUUCAGUUCCCUUUAUGGAGACGAGUGCCAUGACCGGAGUCAACGUAGAGCUGGCCUUCACUGCUGUGUCCAAGGAGCUGAAGCACCGAGCCGUCCAGCACCCCAGUGAACCAAGUUUCCAGAUCCAUGAAUACAUUGAAGCACGGAAGGAGAAGUCAGGCUGCUGCAGCUACUUCUGAGUCCUCCUCCAUACACUCUGGCUGAACAGACUGCUGAAUAGGAGGAAGUCCUGUUAACUCACUUCUGCUCCCAAAAUAUGAUGCUGCCAGUCACCCAAGACGAAAAGCCAAAAGUAGAGCAGUGGAGGACGAACCAAGCUAUAAACUCACAAUACUGCUGGCUGCAGUUUCUCCAAUACUUUAGAUUGAUUUUUAUCAUUAUCAUUAUGAUCAUUAUGAUCUACUGAAUAUUUGUAGUAGACAUUUUCAGCAAAUCCUUACACUAUGUUCUUUGCUUUCUAUAUGAGAGUGAGAUGAUAAGAUCAAUACAAUUUCAAAGGUCAAAUAGCUAUAUAUACAGAAGGUGGAAGGCAACUGGAUCACACCUGAACAUACAUCAAUGUGAUAAAAACUACGAAAAAGACAGAAACCAACACCAACAUUUAUUUUCAUCUGAUGUUUAAAUUUGGUGUUGCAUCGAGCCACUUGGGGAGAUCCAGAUGAAUUCGCUUUACUUUUGAUGAGCUGUCAUGUCGACCAUCUUUAUAUACAGUCGAUGAUACAAAUACAUUUGUUCGUAAGUGACUCACAAGUUAUUCAAGUACAUUUGUGGCAUUCACGUAUGGCUAACGUCAGCAUGCUAUCAUGUUCAUAAUGACAAUGCUAGCAUGUGUGUUACACAAUAUAAAGUACAUCUGAGGUUGUUAUAGGAAUAAUCACAGCCUAUCCUCAGGGAAUAUGAAUUUCUAAAUCAAAGUUUUGAUAAUCUUUGUUGAGACAUCUCAGCAGUAAACAGAAAAGUCACCAUUUACAUUAUGGUGGCGCUAAAUCCUCUGAUGAGCACGGAUGUUUGAACAAGAUUCCAUGUUCAUUUUUAUUUUAUUUUAUUUUAACAGCACUGCUGGUGGCUCUAUAGCUUUAAUGUUGUCUUAUAGAUAUGAGUAGUAUUAACCUUGUCAUCUAGUGCUCGGCAAGAAAGCAAAGGACGCUGUCAAAUUAUUCCUAUGUGUAAUUUAUGCUUUUGUUUUAAUGGAUUGUUUUUAUCCUGCAAGGUAAUAUUUGUUGAUAUUGUUGAUUAUUUGCCUUACAAAAUCAGUGACGCACAACCAUCAUUGCUGCAACAUUGUGCAACCAACAGGUCCAGACAAAGGCCACACACAAUGUCUGUGUCAUGAUUCAAAUCCAAGUGUGUAGACACAAGCCCUGCCUGUCCGUGACUUAGUCCCACUGCUCUAUUCCUCAGAAACUCCUCCAUAAGUGAUAGCUGGAGAAAAUGCUGAUGUGUCAACGUUAAAAAAGAAAAUGUCGCCUGACAUGUGUGGCAGAUAAAAGUUUGCUGAAUACCCAGACGGAAUAUGAGAUGCUUGGAUUUCCGAUGUUGUCCUUCAUUUGGGAAACACAUAAAACAGGUGUGAGUGAAUUAACAGGUUUUUCAUAAUUGUUUACAAAAUGUUGGCUGCAUUACCUUUCUCCUAUAACAUAUAUUUAUGUAUUUAUCUAUUUAUUUAUUUAUUUCAGUUUGCAUGUCUGCUGGAUUGCAUGUAGCAGAUCUGUGUGCAGUGCCUCCAGAACAUACAGUAUUACAAUCUAUUUAUGUUUACAUCGAGAUCAACAUAGAAAUGUGAACAAUUAAUGUGGAUAUCUAAUCAUAUUUCAACUCAGGGCUCUCAGGGUUACAUAUUGUUUUGAAAUACAAUACCCCAUGUGUAACAACCCCACCUAUUAAAGCUGCAUUCUUUAAUGAAAAUGAAUUUAGGGUUUAGGGUCUGGCAACAAUGUAUAGGUUUUAUCUUCACAUUCUUAUUUUGGUCGCCACCAACUCCUGAGAUACCUGGUUCUUUGGCUGCUGUGUUCUAUUCUUUGCAGCUUUAUCUAUCUGUCAGACGCCCUAACAUCCAAAAACAAUUACACACAUAAUUGUUUCCACCAGUGACUAUAUAAAACUAUUGUUUGGUGCAGAUUCAAAGCACUGAUGAUGUCACAGAAACGGUUUCACGUUUAAAAGAAGCACGUUUAUGAACAGUAUGCAACAAAUGUUUGAUAUUGAUCGAUAACUGUAUGCUCUUUGUCAGCUUCGGGCAGCUCAGGUCUUGAUCUACAAUGACUCAGAUUGUGGCCAUUAGACUUUGUAUACACUGAACAGUUGUUUGUUGUCGGGCUAAAAGUUAUAUUUGAUGUGUUGUAUGCUGCAGAAAAAAUAAAUUAUUUUA